CACUAACCCCUUUCCUGCUUUGUCAAACCAGGGCCAACCUCAAGCAUCCUUCGUUCCCAACCCUAAGACCUGUCAACUCCACCAAUGGAGGCUCCCCUGUGUCCUUGACACAGUCGGGUGGAAGUAAGGGAUUCAGUCCCCUCUCUUUACUCCAACUCAAGACCAAGACCCCUGGUGAGGCUUGGAGGAGUCCCUGUCUGAGGGAGGGGUUGACCACCUUUACCGUGGUGCCCCGAGGGCAGUCCCUGAUGGGGCAGAGGGGCUUGGAGGCGGACCCGACCCUGGUGAAGACCCAGGCCUUAGACCCAGCACAAACCAUUGAUGAACCCUCUAAUGGUGUUGCUGAGCCUGGGUUCGAGCACCACCGGACAAUGAAGAAGACGCCUGUAUUGCUGGAGAGGUCAGCGGUUGAGGGAUCCACCCCAGAGCCUGAUAUGGAUUCUACAUUUUCUCCUCCAAGAUUUCCAGAAGGUCCUACUGACUGGGUCAUCAGUCCUCCAACUGUGUCUAGUCCUAGCGAGCUUUACCAGAGCACGCCAAAUUCACCAGUGGUAGUCAAGCAGGAGAGUUCAGAGAUGGAGGCCCAGGAGGAGUCCGAAUCACCCACAGACAGUCUAGAUUCAGAACUACAGAAAAGUCUCGAGGUAGAAGUCCCAGAGGAGUCAGAUUCACUCUCAGAGAUACCCAACCCAUACGCAGCUGACCUGUUGGCCCACACCAAUGGAAUAGCUGGAGAUGAGGUGACCUCAACUCCUGAACUACUAGAGAGCAGAGGAUCGUUCCGGAAGCUCAGUCUGGUGAUGGAGGCCGAAGAGGACCGUUUCUGUUUCCCUCCUCCCCCUCCCCCUGUGUGCUAUGAUAAGGAGGUGGAAGAGACGGAGCCGACCCAGAUACGAUUGAGGCCUCCUGGGGGAAGAAAUCCCCGCCCUCCCUCUUAUCCUCCCCCUUCUCUUCCUACGCUGAGUCGUACCUUCUGUGAACCAGCAGAGGGAGACAAUCAGACUAAUGCCCCUUCACCCAAACCAUACGUGCCUGCAGCCAAAGCCCUGGCCAGAAAAACCGCCAUCCCCUCCUGCUUUGCCCAGGCUGUGGCUCUAGCCGUCCGUAAGUCUCAGUCCUCCCGAAGGCCAGCACCAGACUUGCUUCCCCCCUGUUCCUCCCGUUCCGGCUCCUCACCCUCCUCCGCCUUACCGGUCAAGGACAGAGCUCUGAAAUAAGACGACUUAAAAUGUUACAUUUCGUUCUGUACGUAUCACACCUUUCUGAGUGAAUAAUU